AUGACUAUGACAGUCUUUGACGGAUAUUAUAAAGACUAUGACCAUGCCCGACAAGAGGCAUUCCAAGCCAUUGAUGAGUACAAGCACACUUCGAAUUCCACUGAGCGUGAACACUUGGCGGUGACUGCAAAAAGUAACAUUGAUGAAGUGGAGCGAUAUCAGUGGGGAAUUUUGGACAAUGAGCGGAAGCUUGAUCCAGCAAUACCGACCGCGGUAAUACGGGAGGAGCGAGCAUUAUUCGGAAUGAUUAGGCGUAAAGGGGUUGGGAUCCAAGUUGGUAAUUCCUGUUGGGAACUCUACUGUCUUGAACAUGGUAUACAACCAGAUGGUCAGAUCCCAAGUGACUCUAGUGCCAUGGGUGAUGAUUCCUUCUCUACCUUCUUCUCUGAGACAGGAUCAGGUAAACACGUACCCCGUGCCGUGUUUGUAGAUUUGGAGCCUACCGUCUGUGAUGAAGUACGAACGGGCACAUACCGUCAGUUGUACCACCCCGAGCAAAUUAUCUCGGGAAAAGAAGACGCUGCCAAUAAUUAUGCACGUGGCCAUUACACUAUCGGCAAAGAGGUCGUGGAUCAGGUACUAGAUCGUGUGCGUAAGCUUGCAGACGCCUGUACUGGUCUUCAGGGCUUUAUGGUAUUCAAUGCUGUUGGUGGCGGUACUGGUUCAGGUCUUGGCUCACUGCUUCUCGAGCGUUUAUCGGUCGACUAUGGUCCUAUCUACGACAUUUGCCGUCGUUCGCUGGACAUUGAACGUCCCACGUACGCCAACUUGAACCGGCUGAUUGCUCAGGUGAUCUCAUCUCUGACUACGUCACUGCGCUUCGAUGGCUCGCUGAACGUGGAUAUCACCGAGUUUCAGACCAAUUUAGUGCCGUACCCGCGCAUCCAUUUCAUGCUCAGCUCGUACGCGCCCGUGAUUUCUGCUGAGAAAGCUUAUCACGAACAGCUGUCGGUAGCUGAGAUUACCAAUAGUGCAUUUGAGCCAACCUCUAUGAUGGCCAAGUGUGAUCCGCGCCACGGCAAGUACAUGGCCACAUGUCUCAUGUACCGAGGUGACGUUGUUCCGAAGGACGUGAACGCUGCGGUUGCCACGAUCAAGACCAAGCGUACGAUCCAGUUUGUGGACUGGUGUCCGACGGGCUUCAAGUGCGGCAUUAACUAUCAGCCGCCAUCGGUAGUGCCGGGUGGCGAUCUUGCUCGCGUGCAGCGUGCCGUAUGCAUGAUCUCGAACACGAGCGCUAUUGCUGAGGUGUUUUCUCGCAUCGAUCACAAGUUUGAUCUGAUGUACGCGAAGCGUGCGUUCGUGCACUGGUUUGUUGGUGAGGGCAUGGAAGAAGGCGAGUUUUCGGAGGCUCGUGAGGACCUUGCUGCUCUGGAGAAAGAUUAUGAGGAGGUAUCAGCUGAGACUGCCGAGGGCGAAGGUGAGGAUGAAGCCUUUGGUGAGGAAUACUAA